AUUCUUUUGCAGUCACAGAAAGAGGACACUGAUCAGCCUGGAAAAAUGGGUAGAAGAUGAUCGAGAACUGACGUGGCAAAACAGUUGUUCCAAUGUAGGCUUCGCCUCCUGCUCUUUCCCGACACGAUGACCAGCAUGAUGUGAAGACCCGGCCUCGCGGUUCGAGAUGUGCGUCGGCAUGUUGGACAAGGUCAGCUUGUAUCACUGCGGCUCGAUGCGAAAGAGGCAGAGCUCGCACUGCUGAGCCGAGCGAUGGUGUGAGGAGAGGUGAUCUGAAGGAAGUAGGGCACGAGGCUGCGGUACUGCUGGGACGGGUAUGAGCUGACAAGGAGCAGAUGCGAUCAACGGCGAGGCGUCGUCUCUGCAUGCUCUGCCUCCCCGACUUUGAUUACCACAGGGCGAUUCGAUCCCACUGCGUACUGCCGAUUCGUGAUUGUUUUCUUAAGCGUACGACUCAAGACUGUACAGAUGCUCGCUGGCGGUUGAUACCUGGCCAGAGCUUUUGCUUUGGACGCUCUUGCUAUAUAAUCCAGCUAGCUGGCUCGACGACCACAGCCAUGCACGAUGCUGCCACCAUGGCACCCGCGACCAGCAUGAUGCAUCGCCCAUCCUCUUCACAUUCACCAUUCAUCUGCGCGUGGGCGCCGCCUGAUGCUGCUGAUGGUAUCGCUGGUCGCGCGCGCGAGCGGUGCUGCUGGCAGGAUCGAGAGAGUGCGUAUGCACACAUAUAUACGUCAGCAAAUGCAGUUCCCAAUUUGUCUCACCUGAAACACGAAGCAGCAGCACGUCCACGGCACACGUACGCGUGCACGGUAUACCAGCAGAGAUGAGCAAGCACGACGCGCGGCAAUCACAAUCAAAUGUGCUGGAUUGAAUGGUGAAGCCGCGA